AUGCAUAAUCGAGAUCUGGAAGAAGAAAAUUUUAGUUACUGUUCAUCUGUUCAAGAAAAAUGUCAUAAUUUUUGUUGUUUUAAUUACGAUAAUAAUAAUAAUAAUAAUAAUAAUAAUAAUAAUAAUAAUAAUAAUAAUUUAUCUAAAAAUGUUGACAUGGAAUUAUUAAAUAAAAAUGAUCCAGUGAUGGUACCUACAAAUCCAGCUGAAUGGAAAUCAGAGCACGUUGAUGGGUGGCUAACGUGGUGCAGCCGAGUGUUUUCAAUAAACCCACCCCCGGAGCGUAGCAAGCUGCCGGACAGCGGUGAGGAGUUGAUAAACAUCACUAGUGAUAAGUGGAGAAGAAUUUCGGGAGGGAAAAUCCUCGCCAGACACCUUGGGUACCUCAGGUUGCAAGCCACCGGGGUGUACGACCACGAGCUGAUUCAGGAACAAACAAAUGAAAGGCUCAGCCUUCUACAAAGAUCCUGUUCAAUUAUUGGCUCAGGAAAUAUAACGCUAUCUUCUUCGGUGGCUUCGGCAAUUGCUGCCGGCAAUAGCGGCGGUCAAGUACAACUCUGGCAAUUUCUUCUUGAGUUACUCGCGGAUUCGGGAAAUGCCAGUUGCAUCACUUGGGAAGGCACUAAUGGAGAGUUUAAACUUACUGAUCCUGAUGAGAACAUAAUGACAAAAGUCCACGGAAAAAGAUAUGCUUACAAAUUCGACUUCAACGGGUUACUAGCCUGCCAAACGCAAGCAGGAAUCUCCCUGGAAUCCUCACCUUCUUCAUCAUACUCCGGCUCUCAGUACCAGCAUUACUGGACAUACUCUCGAUACUCACCUUGA